CGGCUCUGCCAGGGAUGCGGGCUGCUGGCACCGGGGCCGAGCGGGGCGCGCAGCACGGGCAAGCUCGGGCGAGGCGGGCGGCGGGACCCCGCUGGGGCACACCCGGCCGGCGCGGCGCUCCCGGGGCGGGGCAGGAGGCGGAGCCUUGGCGCCGCCGCCGAGCCCCGCAGCGGGGCCGGGUGCUGCUGCCGCCGGAGCCUCGCCUCCUCCCUCCCGGGGUUGCCACAUCGGCACCGCUGCUCCGAGAAGGCUCUUUCCGGAGCGGAGCGGGAGCCCAGCGCGCAGGGAGAUGGAGCCCCGGUGCUGCCGCCGCCCCCGCUGCCGCCGCCCCCCGGGACUCGCGCUCCGCCAGGGCCGCCGCUGCCACUGCCGGGACGGAGAGAGCGGCCCCGCCGCCGUCUAACGCCGCAGCCCCGGCGGCGCGGCCGAGGCGGGAGGCGGCGCGGAGGCCGCCGCGGUCCCUCCGCCCGCCGGGCGGCGGUGAAGCGUGGCCCCCUCCUCCCCGCCCUCCCCGCCGCCGCUUCCCCGCCCCCGCCCGGCCCUCGGCCGGGCUCGGCAGCCGGGCCAUGGCGGGGCGAUGA